AUGGUCACUUUGACCCCCGUCCCGGUGACUCUGCCGAAAGACAAGGUGCCCACAAAGAAAGAUAUUAGAGAUAUCAUUGGUACAUUCUUUGUGAAUGAAUGGCCAUCUGUGGAUCCGACGACUUUGAAUAUGUCAUACAAUGCCUCCUACUCUAAUGCUCAUUGUUUCGUGGAGAGACCAACCCCAGCCACGGGUGUGCCUGCCGAGCCGUUGAAAGUGUUCCUCAAAUUUCACAAUGACUCACUGGGAGUUCUUGAAGCCUUCAAGGACCUUGCACCGAGUAAACAAGAAGAGUCGACAUUUUGCUAUGAGUACGGGAGACUCGGACUCGGAGCCAAACUUUAUGGAUUUUUCAAGACGCAAGAUGGCACUCUCGGGCGAGUCGAUGAAUUCCUCGACGCGCGGAAUCUGGAGCCCGAAGAUGUUGAAGAUACAAAAAUCCGAGCAGAUAUCGCAAAGGGACUGGCGGCAUUCCAUGUCUUGCAGCCUUCACUGGGGAAGAAUAAAGUGGAUUCCUACUAUGAAGCUACCAUCGGUGGUCUCAAAAAGUACCAUCGGAUGGACAAGUUGAAGGCACUUGGCAAAGAAGGAGCUGUUGAUAUGGAUAAUAUGAUUGACUAUGAUUUUGGAACAAAGCUUCAAAAGGUAGUGGAUAGAAUGGAAUCCAUGAGAGCAAAGCUAGGAUGGUGUAUCCAUGAUGUCCAGUUUAUGAACGUCAUGGUGAAGAAUAACCCGAAGGAAGGGGAGAGCAAAGUUGCGCUCAUUGACUUCGAGUUUGUGAUGCAAAAUUAUCGGGCUUUUGAUAUUGGUGGACACUUUAUGCAAAAAAUGUUCAAAUGGUUUGAUGAGGACAACAAGAUAGCGAGGUGUAAAAAGUACACAGAGGAGGAGAAGCGACAUUUCUGUGAGGAGUAUACGAGACAGUGGAAUCAAUUGACUGGUGAUUCUGACAAUGUUGAUCAAGUAUUCUUGGAAGCUGAAUAUGGUUAUUUACUGGCUAUUACCUUUGACAUUCAUAAUAUGUUAUGUUUUAUGUGCGUGGAAGGGGAUAAGGACCCCUUGAAUCUUCGAGGCCUUCAAAAGCUAUUUGAGGAGUUCCAAAGCCAGUAUUCCAAACUAGAGAUGAAUGAAUAG